UUCAAGGUCGCUUUGUCAUGUGACCACAUCACCAAGAGGGUCGAAGGUGUGCCGGUGAUUCACUUAUAAACUCGUCGUCCAGAGCAUAAAAACUCAUUCUUUACAACUGUGAUUUACAUUUUGGCCAGUUUUGAGAUGGAAAAGGUCAAAAGUAUAAUUGAGUAUUUGAUGGAUCCGCAGUUAGUCGCUGACUUUCAGCGGCUAUGUGGUGUGGUCUCGAAGGAAGGGUAUGGUCAAAAUGGCGAUGUCCAUCGGACUAAAAAUGACAAUAACAACUUGCAGCGGAAUGGUUAUGCUUACAAUCUCAGGAACAGGCGAGUCCCUCGUUCUCCUAAAGUACAGGCAAUAGAAAAGGUCGAGGACGAUAAUGAGGAAAUGAGCAGCUCUGAGAGUGAGGAAGGUGUGACAGAAAUGGAAGAGGAAGAGGAGGAGGGGGGUUCACAAGUGAAUAAUAGAGUGCACUCUCACGAGCGGGAACUUACACAUUAUACCGUCAGUAACAAACUGCUUUUUUAUCUCUUCUCUUGUGGGACUGGUGUAGGGAAUGAAUUAUUCUACGCUGCAUUCUUUCCGGCGUGGUUCUGGAAUGUGGACGGUUUUGUAAUCCGAAGGUUGAUUUUAAUAUGGGGCAUUAUUAUGUACAUAGGUCAAGCUACAAAAGAUGUGUUUAGGAUCCCCCGUCCAGCUUCCCCACCUGUUAUCAGAAUGGACAGGAGAUAUCAUUUGGAGUAUGGCAUGCCGUCAACACAUGCGAUGGUUGGGAUAGCAUUCCCAAUCACACUGCUGGUCCUGACAGUGGAGAGAUACACUUAUCCAUUUUAUCUUGGACUUGUAUUGGCCAUCCUGUGGUGUGGGACAGUGUGUCUAAGCAGGGUGUACAUGGGAAUGCACACACUAUUGGACUUGCUAGCCGGUGUGGUCUUUGCUCUGGUCAUCUUGGCUGUGAUGUGGCCUCUGCUGGAUAUCAUAGAUGAGUUCCAGGUCUACCAUCCUUACGGACCUCUCAUCAUGGGAGUUGUGUUACUUUUAAUGUGUGUCUUCUACCCAACACUAGACAAGUGGAGCACCGCCCGGGGGGACACCACCCUGAUCCUGGGGGUUUUGGCUGGUGUUGCCAUGGGAUCCUGGCUGAAUAUCCAACAGGGGAAUUACCACAAUGAGGCUGGGGCACCUCCUUAUAUGGUCAAAACCCCAGACCACAUCUGGUUUGCGAAGAUGUCUUGCCGAAUGGUGCUGGGUCUGGUGAUUCUGUUCAGCACACGCGUCAUCAUGAAAGCUCUGACGUACCACCUUCUGUGCCACAUUCUGGGCUAUGACAAAAAGGACCAUAUGCAGAACAAACAGAAACUGAUUGUUGAACUGCCAUAUAAAUACAUCACGUACUAUGUCAUUGCUUUCAAUGUUGUCUAUACUGCUCCAUUCAUCUUUAGGUAUUUGGAUAUUGAGAAAGAAACUUACUUCACAGAAGUUUAAUGAAAAGGUUGCAUUAAUUGAUAAAGACUGGAGUUGAAGACGGGAAGAGGACCAAGAAGAUUAGCUUCAUUGAAAUAGAAUUGUGUUUUACUUCCACGUAGUGUGUUACAUUAGAGGUGGUCACUCUGUAGUAGUUGUAGAUGUCUGUGAGCAUUUUGUCGACAGUUCAUUGUAGCUUUAAAUAAUGAAACUUACCAAAUGUUGAAAAUGUUGUAAAUUUUCUGUAUACUUAGGUCAUAUUGCUACAUAAGUUUUCAUCCUGUCAUGGAUCCCCACUCAAGGAACUGUACGCAAACAGCUAUAAGACCCAAGUCCCAAAGCAAAACCAUUGCUGGUAGGUCUUUUUUAGGGAUAUACAUCUAAAAAUGUUGAUUUUUAUGGAAGAUACAUGUCUCAUUUUUCUUUUUUUUUUUUUUUUAAUUAUCUAAUGUCUAAACGAGGAUUGUGUUCUGAGAUUUGUUAGGUUGUAUAUGAUGCAAGAAAGGGUAGCAAAAUUGCUAUAUAUACCUUGAUAUUAUAAAAGGUGUCAUAACAUUAUGAGAGCCAUAAAUUUGGCUUUGGUUGGUUACAACAGUGAGCAGAUUAACAAUGGUAUGAAAUGUUAUCUGGUAAAAACAUUGUCAAUAGAUUACGACUUUUUCUUUUCAUUUUUUAUAGACAUUCCCAUUUUUAUAUACGUUGAAAUAAAAUCAGUUCAUUUCACCUCUUUUCCAAACAUUUAAAAAGAACAGCCAGUAGACAAUUACAACACUUUGUGAAAAUGUAUAAUGUAAGACAAUAUGGGAAAUGACAUUUAAUUUGGUAUUACUUAUAUAAUAACGGAUUCUCUUAUCAGUGCAGAUAUCAAUGCAGUUUUUCAUUCCAGUGAUAUUUUGCACAUGGUUUUUAGAUCUUUUCAUUGUUUGAUCAUAUUUUUGUGUGGUUUGCCUGUUAAGGUGCAUCUCUCUUAACAGAGUAUCAAGGAUUUGCAACAAAAUUUCAAUUACUACUUAAUAUUUGCAAAGUUAGACUGAUGCCAAUUUCAAGUUGUAAUCCAGAAUGUGUAAGUCAUCAUGUUUGAAGAAAUAUGAAUGCAAAUAAUGUGAACGAAACAUGCAAAUGUUUUCUUAUAUUUUCUAUUAAGUGAUGGCACCUGCCUUGUUGCUUUAAGAUAAUUUUCUCAAGGAUUUUUGUGACAAUAUUUCAAUUGUCAGAAAUAACAUGGUGGGGAAGAUUUGCAGUAAAUGUCUGUCCAACAGCAUUUCUCACAACUAUCCAACCAGCAAAGAAAGUAAGAAUCAUUUUAAUAAGGAAAGAGGAAUACUUUGUUGGUAGCAUACUUUAAAAAAUUGCAGAAAGAUCCAUACAGCAUUAAAAUGGACACAAAGCAUGCAGCAUUUAACAAUGGUGAAUUUAAAGAAUGAUUUCAUGGCAGCUACAUAUUAUUUUUUAGUUCAUAUCUUUCUGAGUAGCCCUUUGUUCCUGGGUCCAGUACUGAUCAUAGGUCACUGUGUUAAGUUAAGUUAGUUUAAUUAUGGUACUGUUUAUAUCAAAGUGGAGCAGAACCAUGGGUGUUUGAAUUUGGUAAAAAUUGACUGCUUUGGUUUUAACAUUAUAAAAGGACAUUUUUAAAAAGGUAAAAUAAAAUCAGUAGAGGUUCUUCAUCAUUACCAGUAGCCUAUUAACACAUCUUUAACAAUAUUUGUUAUUUAUAACAUGUUUGUUAUUACAUUUUCUGGAAGAUUUCUGUAGCCAUCUCCUUUAAAGUUUGUAUUAAAGUCUGAACAAAAUAGAUGUUCUUUUAGGGGGAUCACAUUAUUAUCUUGAACAAACAUUUGGAUGGCACAUUCAUUUAAAAUUGACACCAAGCCUGUGAUUAAGUUGGUGCAAGUGAAAAGGAAAAUCCCUUAUAUCCUAGUGCUCAAAUUGUGGUUACAAAUAUAUACAAUCCAUUGAAAUACCAAUGAUAUUUUAGUUUCCUUUUUUCUUGUAUUCACAAAGUGUGAUAGUACAUUAUAUAACCAAUGCAUGGAUAACUAAUAUGUCAUGUGCACAUUUAGCAUGAAAUGCAUCCAUGAAGUCUGAUCUAAGAGGAUUUUCUGAGCAAAUUGCUUCUUAUACAUUAUAUUUUCAUGUAUUAAACACCCAAGUCUCGUUCUGCAAUAUUUUCCUCAGGAACAAACUCUCUUUCAUAGUUUAUGUUGAUAUGUUAGUGGUUUUAUUUUUCCUGUUAGAAUAUUAAUGUGUACCUUAUCAGUGAGGUAAUUGUUAAUAUGGAUGUACCUGUCUGUAUUGAAGCAGGCAGCAAAUGUCAUGAUAUUAAUCCAGAAAUGGUUAAAAUGCAAACAUAAUGGAGAUAUAUCCCCAUACCUUGGUAACAAAACUUGUCUAGUUGUUUUUAUUGUUUGGUUAGAAUUUGCAAGUGGAUGCUUUCCUCGUUUCUUUCCUCGUUUGUUGAUACUGGUCAAUGAGCAACCAAAUUUCAUCUUGGAAAAAAAAAAAAACAAGUGUCAGCAUGCUAGUUUAGAGUUUUGUGUGUGUAGUGACAGAAGUAUACAAUACUCAGAUAUUCCUAGUUUUCUAAACAUCUCAUCAUGACUUCUUCCUAAAACAUAUUUUAUUGAACUAUGAUUCUUCAUCCCUUUUGUAUUUAGAAUAUUUUCCACAUUGAUUUUAAGACUGUCACACUAUAAUUCAUCUUGUGCUAAAUAUUAUUGUGUUUGAAAUUAAAAGGUAAAUCCUGUUUUUUAUAUGUUGAAGAUCUUUUAAGUCCAUGGCCAUAUUACAGAAAUUAAGAAUUAAGGCAUUCGUCAAGUGCAUUACUUUCAGUCAUGAAAGGGGAAAUGACUUAAUAUUGAAAUAUUGGCACCUUUUUUGUCAACAAAUAGGUUUAUAUUAGCAUGAACAGUCGUUUAUAAAGAGUGGGUUAGGCAUGUAACUUUAUCAUUUUUGUCACUGCAGUGAGGAAAUUUGCAGGGGUCUUAAAUGGGGGGAAAUAUAGGUUUUAACAUAGUUUAUGCUGUUGUUAAGAUUUAACUGUAAAGUUGCCCUAACCAAAAUUUUAAGAAUGUAAAUGAAGAAAAAAAUUUUUUUUUUUGAGGGGGAAUGGGUGAGUAUAAAUUGUGUCCAUAUUACUGAUUGCUUUUAAAAUUGCAUUUAAAUAGAAUGUUUCAUAGACUGCUGUUAUAAGUUGAUUGUAGUGUAGUUUAUUAUAUACUGUUUUAGAUAUCAUUCAACCAACCAAGAAAGUUUCUCAAGUUAUAAAAUUUGAUUUGGAUUAAAAAGAGUAUGUGGCACACAUAUAUAGAACAGGAUAAAAGAUAGUCAUAAAGUAAAAUGAAAAGGGUUGAGUGUUGAUAAUAUUACUCAUUAAUUACAAUUAUUCAGGAAUCAAAUUAAACCAAAGUUGUAUAUACUAUUUAGAGAAACCAUGUAUCCAAGUUGAUUUGUUUUCAGUUUUGCCAAGUAAAGUUUUUCAUCUUUAUUUUGCACAAGGUUACUACUAUUUGCUGAAGAUUUAUGAGUUACAUCAGGUCUUUGCUUUUCCUGUUUUGUGACUUAAUGCAAUUGGUAAUAAAUUUGAAGUGAAAUUAAA